GAGGAGAACAUCCACAGCGAUCAGUUUGGACUUUGAUGAGAAAGUCAAGAAGUCCUCGCUCCCAGAGAGAGCAGAAUAUGAUCUGAGUCCAGGGGACACACAGCACUGGUGCUCAUAACAGGAUGAAUCGCCGCUCGCUUCAUGCCGUCAUGCUGCUGUGGGUCUUGUGCCCCGACGCGAAGAGCCAGUGUGAUAAAUCAUCCCAGACCACCGCUCUCGACCUCUCCAUCUCCUACGAGCUCCCAACGUUCACUGCAGACUUCCCGAUCCAGAACAUGGUGACGCUGGAUGGGAUCGUCUACGUCGGGGCCGUGAACAGAAUCUACGCUCUGGCCCCGAACCUCACAAAGCUGUCGGAGUACCACACGGGGCCGCUGCUAGCCAACGAAACCUGUGGCAAGAAACUGCCCGGCGAAAGCGUCGGCGGCAGGGUGGACAACCACAACAUCGCUUUGGUGUUGGAGAACAUUUACGACAAGGGGUUGUACAGCUGCGGCUCGGCAGACAACGGUAUUUGCCGCCGCCACGUCCUGUAUGACGACAUCAGCCCGAAAACCGUAGACGAACAAGUGUCAUGCUUCGUCGACAAGGCCAGGCAGCGCAAGGGUCAGCCCAGCGACUUGGAUGUCGUGGUCAGCCCUUCUGGCUCUCAGGUGCUCAAUGUGGAAAGCAACGUCAUGAAGUUUUUUGUUGGGAACUCUGAAAUCCCGGGUUUUGGAAACGUAUCGGGCCCUGCGACGCAUCCGCACACCAUUUCUUUGCGGAAGAUGAAGACGAGCCAGGACGGCUUCACUUUCUUCUCCGCCCGCUCCCACAUGGACCUGAUCCCGCCUCUACGUGGAAACUACUACCUGCGCUACGUUUACUCCUUCCACAGUGGACCUUUCACCUACUUCCUCACAGUUCAGCAGGUGAACAGGGACUCCCAGGCCUACCACACCCGCAUAGUCCGCAUGUGCUCCUCGGACCUGGAGAUCCGCCGCUACGUGGAGAUGCCCCUCGAGUGCAUCAGCACCGAUAAAAGGCGACGGCGCUCCGUGGAAGACAUGAAGGUGUUCAACAUCCUCCAGGCGGCACACGUCACCAAGGUGGGCGGCGACGUUGAGCUGCAGAAGCAGCUGAAAGUGGAGGAAGCCGACGACGUGCUGUUUGCCGCGUUCGCCAGGGGAAAACCGAACUCCCCGGAGCCGACCGCGAACUCAGCCGUCUGCAUCAUGUCCCUGAAUCACAUCAACAACAUGUUCAAGAUGUACAUGCAGAGGUGCAACACAGUAGACCCGUAUCACUUCACUGGAUCAGUCAAGAAGUCCUGCUACAAUGUGAGUUCAUCGGACGACUGCGGCCCACACGAGGGGAUCCACUUGGGGAAAGAGGGAGAGUACCGCCUGCAGGUGACCCAGUUCGUCCAGAGACUCGAGUACUGGCACAAAGAGUUGACGAACACCUUGGUAACGUCUAUCACCGUGGUGCCAGUGCACGGCCGUGCAGUGGCAUACCUGGGCACCGCCGACGGACGCCACAUACAGGUGCUGUUCUCCCGAGUUGCCACUCCACACGUCAACGUACACCUGGACUUGAGACCCGUCUCUGCCAGCGUGGCGCUUCUGGACGCCAACGGCUCGGACGGAGCCCUGCUGAUGGCGACGGGGAACAAGAUCACCAGGGUCCCUCUGAUUGGCCCCGGCUGUGGUCAGCUGACCACCUGUACUUCCUGUUUGCUGUCGUCGCGGGUAACCGAAUGCGGCUGGUGUGACGGACGCUGCACCAGGGCCGACCAGUGUCCCUCCUCCUCCCUCUGGACCCAGGAAUACUGCACACCCGUCAUCACUAAGGUUUUCCCGCCCUCCGGACCGAUUCGAGGCUCUACGGUCGUGACGAUGUGCGGCAGCAGCUUCGGCUUCGACAAGUCGGAGAGCUUCAAGGCCUCCAUGGUGACGGUGGAGGUGGGAGGAGCUCCCUGCAGACUGCCCCGACAGGACAACAUCAACAGGUGGACUGAGAUGCAGUGUUCCCCAGUGUUCAGUGGGAACUUCACCCCAUCAGGACACGCGGUGAAGGUCACAAGUGGCCACAAGGUCGCCACGAUGGAGGGCUUCACCUUUGUGGACCCCGUUAUCCACGAAAUCUUCCCCACAUUCGGGCCGAAGUCCGGAAACACCAUGCUGACCAUCAGAGGAGCCUUCCUGGACACCGGGAACAAGCGUGAGGUGACGAUAGGGAAAGCAGCCUGUAAGAUCCAGAGCGUGUCCUCCACCAUGCUGACCUGCAAGACGCCUCCGCACGCCGUUCCCUCCAAGCAACCCGUGAAGCUGACGGUGGAUUCGGUGGAGCGCCACGCGCCCACGCCGUUCACCUUUAACCAAGACCCCAUCAUCAACAGCAUCCAGCCCUCACGCUCCUUCGUCAGUGGAGGCUGCACGGUGUCGGCUCACGGCUUCUUCCUCCAGUCCGGCCUGCAGCCCCAGAUGGUCCUCACCACGGGUCAGGACGCCAAGGUCUUCCAUGUGAGUUGUGUGUACGGUGAGAACCGGACGUCCAUCCAGUGCACCACACCCUCUUUGGCCAAACUGGCUCUGCAGCCGCCAGUGGUCACCAAGGUGGCGUUCGUCCUGGACGGCUUCUACACGGAUCAGUGGGAUCUGAUCUACGUGGAGGACCCCCAGUUCCAGGACCCAAAGCUCACCUCCAAGGACAACAAGAGCAUUGUGGAGCUCAAGGGCGACCAUAUGGACCGGGAGGCGAUGAAGUGUCAGGUCCUGACGGUCUCCAACCACAGCUGUGAGAGUCUGAUCCUGAUUGGAAACACUCUGCAGUGCACCGUCCCGAACGAGCUGCAGGCCGCCACCGCCAAGGAGCUGCAGGUGGAGUGGCGCCAGGCGGACUCCAUCCGUCACCUGGGCAAGGUGACGCUGGCUCAGGAGCCAGACUACACGGGCCUCAUCGUGGGCUGCGUGUGCGUCAGUCUGCUGCUGCUGCUGCUGGGAACGCUGCUCAUGUGGAGGAGGAACAAACACAUCGACGAUCUGUCUGAGGUGUGGUAUGAUGGCCGGGGUCACAUCCAGCAUCUGGACAGGCUGGCUAACGCGAGGAGCGUCAGCCCCACUAACGAAUUGGUGUCCCACGAGUCGGUGGACUAUAGAACAACCCUGAUGGAGGAUCAGGGCAUGGACAGGCCCGAGACGUGCCGCGGGGCUCCUCCCAUCUACGGGGGCAACGGGGAGCUGCUGUCUCCCAGACUGGGCAGACUGGGAGGCGGUCUGAGUCUGGGAAUGGAGGGCGAGCUGGUGUCCCCCCUGCUGAUGGCCCCGGUCCACAUCGACCCGUCCUGCCUCCACCCGGACCUGCUGACCGAGGUGCAGCACGUGGUGAUCGCCCGGGAGCAGCUGCUGCUCCACCUCAACCAGGUCAUCGGCAGAGGUCACUUCGGAUGUGUUUUCCACGGAACGCUGCUCGAGCCGGACGGGCAGAAGCAGCACUGUGCCGUCAAGUCCCUGAACCGCAUCACGGAUCUGGAAGAGGUGUCCCAGUUCCUGAAGGAGGGGAUCAUCAUGAAGGACUUCAGCCACCCGAACGUCCUCUCUCUGCUGGGGAUCUGCCUCCCGCCGGAGGGCUCGCCGCUGGUGGUUCUGCCCUACAUGAAACACGGAGACCUGCGCAACUUCAUACGCGAUGAAGGACAUAACCCAACAGUGAAGGACCUGAUGGGCUUCGGGCUGCAGGUGGCCAGAGGGAUGGAGUAUCUGGCCAGCAAGAAGUUUGUCCACCGAGACCUAGCUGCCAGGAACUGCAUGCUGGAUGAGAGCUACACGGUGAAGGUGGCAGACUUCGGCCUGGCUAGAGACGUUUACGAUAAAGAAUAUUACAGCGUUCACAACAAGAGCGGAGUCAAGCUGCCCGUGAAGUGGAUGGCUCUGGAGAGUCUGCAGACGCACAAGUUCACCACCAAGUCAGACGUGUGGUCGUUUGGCGUGUUGCUAUGGGAACUGAUGACCCGCGGAGCUCCACCGUAUUCGGAUGUGAACUCCUUUGACAUCACCGUGUUUCUGAUGCAGGGGAGGAGGCUGCUGCAGCCCGAGUUCUGCCCUGACGCUCUCUACACGGUGAUGAUCGAGUGCUGGCAUCCAAAGCCGGAGCGGCGGCCCUCCUUCUCCGAGCUGGAGUCGCGCAUCUCCGCCAUCUUCUCCAGCUUCAGCGGGGAGCACUACGUCCUGCUCAACACCACCUACGUCAACAUCGAGAAGAUGAGCCCCUACCAACCUCUCCUCAGCUCCUCCACGUCCACCAACGCUUCCUCCUCCUUGUCUUCAUCAUCCGACCCCUCCACCUCCACGUCCCUGCCGACCCAAUCCGCCUUCUUUUUCCGGGCGGAGCGAGAAUGCUGCACCUGAGAGGGGAAAAAAUGGAGAGUGGAGGUGGAAAAAAAAGACUCAGAUAAUUGAGGAAAAAAAGCAAAAGGAGAAAGCAGUGAGGUGAUGAAGAACUACUGUAUGUACUUGCCAAACACUGGACACUGUAUGCUGAGGAAAAACACAGUUUCUUUGGAGCUUUGACUGUUCACUCAAUGUACAUAGAUCGUGUGAACUUUGACCUUCUCUGGAAUCGCUAAACGACAGGAUCUGCCAUGAACUAUAGGGCCGACCUUAUCGACUUUUCUGACCUUUCCUUGACCCCCGGGGAGCGUGAGGUCAACCGUCCCGCGUCCCCUACAAGACGAUUACACAACGCAUUAAAACGCCUCUUCGAAGAUUCCCAGCGGAGAGAAGCACAACUCGACAAAAACUACCCCAAAAAAAAAGAUCUCAUCGACUGAGAGGAUCGAUUUUCUGUUUCUGCUGCUCUCUGGGUGGCAUUGCGUUCUUCGAUACUCGGAUGUGGCCCUCGGACCUUCUUUUUUUUUUUUGCGUUGUCUGUGUAAUGUGAAUGUUUGACAAAUGGACGUGCAUUGUGUCGCGUAAGAAAAAUGUCACACCUCCUACGGAAAGCCUGCUUUGAUAGAUUGCGACGCCCUCAGGUGAGGAAAAGCCGAGGCUCUGUCGAGGUCGAUGGAUUUUGCUGGUGACAGAGGAAGGGAAACCAAAACCUGCUGCCUGUGUGCAGUUCACUGGAUGCUUUAUUUGUGUAAUUACAUUUGGACCAUUAGCUUUUAAUUUGCCUGGGGGGGCAAAAUAAAACAGUCUUGCAGCUUCGCUAUGACUCAUCUGUGUGAAAUCCCCAGAUGUUUCCAAGUGAGAAAAAACGGUAGCACCUUUUAUUGUCCUUUUUUUUUUUAUCUGAAACGUCCCAUCAUUUCAAAACAGUUACAACAUGCAGACACAUGAAAGCUUUGAGGUUUGGAGCAAAUUACCUUCAUUUGAUUGACAGAGAGCAUCUGUUAUAUAAAAUGAUCCUUAAACAAAGGACAUGAUCGUUUUUUAAAUCGCGUUUGGUUCGUUUUAUCAGACGCUGUUAAUCUUCAACAUUUGUCAAAAUUCCAACAAAAAAACACAAAGAUUUCACUAAGAGCUUCAUGUUAAAACGUGUUCAUCGUGCUUCAGAGUGUUGCUAUGUGACUAUCAGCUGUAUAUCACUGUAUGUUUAUGACGACCAUAUAUUUUAAUGUUAACAGGCCGUGUUAACAGUGUGUUUGCAAAUUUGAGUUUCUUAACCUCAAAUUGUUGACCAAUUUCAAAAGCAUGCUGUACAACUUUUAUUCCGUUCCAGGCAGUCACCAACUUCCAUUCAUUUCUGUACGGUAUGAAAAUCUGCUGCUCCAUCACAUUCAACAUCGAGUGUACAAUAAGUUUUGAUUACGUGGACAAUACUUGUCAGCAGUUACAGCUUUUUGCAAUUGCUAAAACACAAUUUCUGAAACUAGAACCCUCUUUGCUGGAACAUUACACGUAAAAACCAAAAACAUAUCCACAUAAUACAAAAUUGUAUCUCUUGCAAACAUAGAAACAGUUACAACAUGCACAAACUUCACACUUAUGUGUAAAAGAACUGUUAAGUGCAAAUAGAUUUCUUUAAAUGUGACCUAAAAACAGCAUAAUCCCCUCUGAAGAAUAUUCUUCAGGAAUAUGUAUUCAUAAAUAAAUAAAAAAAUCUGUAGUAAUCUACUACUAAUUUCCUAAAUAUGGGUUUUACAGCAGAACCAUAAAAUGAGUCCAUGCUAGCUAGUGUACUCGUGUACUGGUAAUAAUAACAACCUUGUCAUUUAAAUGAUUUAUAUUGAUAUAUAUAUAUAUAUGUAUAUUUAUAUAUACAUAUACACACAUUAUUUUCUCUUGUUACAAAGUGACACCUACGUUACCCACAAUGCAACUUGAACAUUGACAGGUGUGUUAUGCUAGCCUCAAGCCGCCAGUAAGAGCCGCCUCUAGUGACAUCUUUAAGUGAUAUAGGAUGAUAGAUUACACAUCUCAAUCAACUUUUAAAGGUUUUCAUAUUUAACUGAAAUGAAUGGAAACUAAUGGCUGCUUUGAACAACAAUUCUUUUUUCUAAAACACAUAAAAUUCUGAUUUAAAUGGUUCGAUGUGAUGCAAAUUAAACGUCAUUUGUCGCAAAUGUGCUAAAACUUGCUGAGGUCAUUGCCCCCCUUUUAUGUCUGCUUUGUGUAGCAGAUUAUGUUUUUUUUGUUUUUAUUAUUUUAUCUGAAUGGCUGCUGAUGUGACUGGGCCAUUGACGGACAGGAAUGAAUGUUUGCUAUGACAAGAAAAAUUGCUGUACUAUAUAUUUUUGUAUCGAUGAUGAUGAGCCUCUUCUUUAGAUCUGGUCCGAUUUAAAGACCAGUAGUGAGUGAAAAAAGUGAACAAUGAACAAAGCCGCCUAAUCAAUCUGUUUGUUUUCUAGACGAAACCACUGCCAUCUUGUAAAUAAAGCGAAGGGAUCGUAGAGGAUCUGUUUGGGGGUUUUGCAUCUCGCUGAUAAGAGAGUUGAAGAAACCCUGCACGAUACUCAAAAGUCACUUUGAUCAUGUGACUCUCCACCACUUUGUCUGUUCUUAACACUGUCUGUUCUGUGUGUGUGUGUGUCUAUGAUUUUUGUUGUACAUAAGAAAUCCUGAAGGUACAUGUUCCUAUGUAAUGUCAAAUCAACCUUGUCAGUGUAAUAAAGCUAUACUAUCAGAGA